AUAUAUUCGGAAAAGGAAAGGAGCGAGGGAGCCCUCGGCGGCCGGCGCACUUGCACUUCAAUCCAUCGGAUCUUCCUAGGUAGUCGAUUUCGAUCCGUUUAUCCUGUUUCCUCCUCUCAGAUUCUCCGGUUCUUCCCCUUUUCCUUUAAUUGCUUGUUCGAUUCCCUUGUGUAUCGGCAAAUAAUACGUGAGCAAUCUUAGUUCCUUCCGAAUCAGGAGCAGCUUCUGAGAAAAGGAUCUUCUGCGAUGGAUAAGAAUGAAGACUCUGGUAGCCCAGGAUGGGGUGCUUCAUUAUUCAUGCAAACGGAAGAUGUUGCCAGGGCUUUCCUUGCUGCUACUUCAGCUGCAACUGUUCCAUCACCACACCCAUCUGUUGUAUUCUCAUCCACGGAUGAUAAUGGUGAUAGCCAAAUUCAAAAAUUUCGACGUCAUGUUUCAAGAAUGUUGAAGGGUUUAUCAGCUACACCAGAAGUGAAGGGAUCUUACAAUCCAGAAAUCCUUACAAGUCAAAAGCGCCAGUGGGCUAGGUUUCAGGUGCAAUCAUUGGAUCAGCGAUCUGUGAAGGAGCCAACAAAAUUUUUUGAGAGCAUGGUGGUUGUUGGACUUCAUCCUAGUGUUGAUGUCCAAGCACUUCAUAAGCUGGUUUUGGAUCAUAACAAUGAUUACUCAAAGAGAAGAAACUUACUGAAUUACAAUUAUCAAGUUAAUGCUGAAUCAAAUCUUGAACCGCAGGUUCUGUUUGUCUAUCCGCCUGAGAAACAGCUACCCCUCAAGUAUAAGGAUCUUCUCUCAUUUUGCUUUCCUGGAGGCUUGGAGGUUCAUGCUGUUGAAAGAACUCCUUCAUUGAGUGAGCUGAAUGAAAUAAUACUAGGGCAGGAACAGCUUAAGCAAAGCAAUCAGUCAUUUGUUUUUCGUUUAAAGUCACAGGCUGCUGAUGAUUCAACCUUGUAUGGAUGCUGUGUCUUGGUCGAAGAACCCGUGCAAAAACCUUCAAACUUGGUUUCAUUGCCUAUAGGAGAGAAACAAUGCUCAUCACGCUUAAGCCGUCAUAUUUUAACUACAUCACGUUGUUACUGCAUUCUAUCAAGGCUUCCAUUUUUUGAUAUGCAUUUUGGCAUACUGAAAAGUAUCCUUAUUGAAGAAAGAUUGGAGCAGCUUACAAAAGGCACUGACAUGCUAAAUUUGCUAUCGCCAGAAGAAACAGCUGAGGAAGACCGAGUGCACAAUAACAUUGACAGUAAUUUGAGGGUAGAAUAUGCCGUGGAGGAAGUAUUAAGCCCAGCAAGAGGUUCUGAUUUAACUUCAGAAACUACUCCUGAGGAAGUUUCUUGCGACAGGGAUCCCAUCAGUGUCUUAGAGCCUAAAAUUUUCAUCCAAAAUAAUGUAAAUUUGGAAGUUAAUCAAGGAGCAAGAGACCCUCAAACUGGAAAAGAAAAUGGAGUCUGUAGUGAAGGAAAUCUUGAUCAUUCUAUUAAUAAUAUCAAUGGAAAGAAGCAACAUGAGAGGCAUGUUAUGGAUGCUGUUUUGCCACUUUUAGGGUGUCAAGUAUAUGAAAGCUCAGAAUCUUCUGGCAGUUUACAGGGUUCUCCAUGUGAAGACAGAGACCUUAGGAGUAAUAUCGAUAAUGCAGAACUGGAAGAGCCAUCUUCAUCAGGUCAAGAAGAUUUGGGUCGUCAAAAUAAAAUUCUUGAUUGGGCCAAGGCAAACUGCAAGGGAUCCUUACAGAUCAUUUGUGAGUACUAUGAAUUACAGUGCCCUGCUAGAGGUUCAACACUCACUUUUCAGCCUUUGGAGCACUUGCAUCCUUUGGAGUUUCAUAGACCUGGUGAGACAGUUCUUCAUAUUGCUGGCUCCACUAUUGAUCUAAGAUCUAAUGGCACAAACUUAGAGAUGGCUGAGGUACGUACUUCUCUCUUGGCAGAAGAGGAGGCAACUGCUCUGUCUGUAUGGACAGUUGCAACCAUUUGUGGAUGCUUGAGGCUUGAACAUAUACUGGUGAUGCUUGCUGGUGCACUUUUAGAGAAACAAAUCGUUGUCAUUUGCUCAAACUUGGGUGUUUUAUCAGCUUCAGUUUUAUCAGUAGUUCCGCUGAUACGCCCCUAUCAGUGGCAUAGCCUACUAAUGCCAGUUUUGCCAAAUGAUAUGCUGGACUUUGUGGAUGCACCAGUACCAUACAUUGUGGGAAUAAAGAACAAAACAGCUGACAUACAAUCAAAGUUGGCUAAUGUCAUACUUGUUGAUGCUGACAAGAACCAGGUUAAAUCGCCCUCAAUGCCACAAUUGCCACGACAUAAAGAAUUAUUCUCAUUUCUAAGCCCAUACUAUGCAAAACUUGUUGGCGAAAGCUACCUAGCUAGAAGAAGGCCGGUUUAUGAGUGCACUGAUGUACAGAUUGAAGCCGCUAAAGGUUUCUUGGCAAUUCUCAGAUCGUAUCUAGACUCUUUUUGCUCCAAUCUGCGAUCCCAUACGAUCACAAAUGUGCAAUGCAACAAUGACAAGGUUUCGGUGCUGCUGAAAGACAGUUAUAUUGAUUCUUUUCCAUAUAGGGACAGGUCUUUUAUGAAGCUUUUUGUGGAUACCCAACUCUUCUCUGUACAUACGGACUUUGUUCUCUCCUUUUACCAGAAGGAUUAGAGAUUUUGUUGGCUGAAGUGAAGAAGGAAAUAUGGCGAAAGAAUUCAUGUAAUUUUCCCGUUUCACAUAUGUAAUCUUGUUCCCAAGAAGGUCAUUAUCAAAAUUUAUUUAUCUUGCUCUUUCUGUUGUAAAGUAACUGUUGAUUUUGGGCAUAAAAUGCUGUUUCUAUUUUUAAAAGUACUUUGCAGUAUAA